AUGUGUGUUCAAAGAUUUAAGCAAAAUCUGGGAGAGAUUCAUGUCUUUGAUGUUUGUCAUUUUGGAACAGGUGAAAAACAACAAUGUGGUAAAAGCCUUGCAAAUCUACAGUACAUUAUCCAGGUCCUUGAGUUGUGGCGCAAUGCUGAUGCUGUAUGCUUUGACGUGGAUAGUACAGUAUGCCUAGAUGAGGGCAUUGAUGAACUUGCUGAGUUUUGCGGAGCUGGAAAGGCUGUUGCAGAAUGGACUGCUAGGGCAAUGAGUGGUUCUAUUCCUUUUGAGGAUGCCUUGGCUGCAAGAUUGUCUCUGUUUAAUCCUUCAAUAGCACAAGUCCAAGAUUUCCUUGAAAAGAGACCUCCAAGAAUUUCUCGUGGGAUUGAUGAGUUAGUCAAGAAGAUGAAGGCUAGAAACACUGAUGUUUAUCUGAUCUCUGGAGGAUUUCGCCAAAUGAUCAAUCCUGUUGCAUCAAUUCUUGGUAUUCCCGUUGACCACAUUUUUGCCAAUCAACUUCUUUUCGGAAGUGCUGGAGAGUUUUUGGGGUUUGAUACAGAUGAGCCAACGUCUAGGAGUGGAGGAAAAGCUAUUGCUGUUCAGCAGAUAAGGAAGGCUAAUGGAUAUAAAUCGCUGGUCAUGAUUGGAGAUGGUGCAACUGAUCUUGAGGCUCGCAAACCAGGAGGUGCCGACUUAUUUAUAUGCUAUGCUGGGGUUCAGCUUCGAGAAACUGUUGCAGCUAAAGCUGAUUGGCUGGUGUUCAAUUUUAAGGACUUGAUUGAUAGCUUGGAGUAGCAUGCACCCAUUUUUCUUGAUUGAUACCUUUUUUCUGUUUCCUUUUGGGUGGUGGUUCUCUUUCUUUACCUUUACUAUUAUUGAUUUUUUGGGGGUACUAGAGUUCUAUGGGUUAUAACUACCAUGCUUCCAAAAAUCUUCUGCAUCAGUAUAUGUAUUC